AUUCAUCUUAAAAAUGCAUUCUAUAUGUGUGUCUAAUUUUAUUUAUAUAUCCUCAGUAAAGAAAAGAAAUCUGGAGAAUGUGAUAUAAAUGGUGGAUUUUGGCUUGCAUUUAUUGUCCUCAGGAAGGUGCAUCCCCAAUCCAGUGUGUUUACAAAAGAAAUAACUUUUCCUGCCCUCUGCUCCUAUGUUGGGAAAACAGAUCUAUCAGAAGAUUUCAUAAACCUGAUUAGAAGUGACUAUGAGAUGACAGAGAAUGAGAGAGAGACAGAGAGAGACAGAAAAAUGUCCAAGGCAGGCAAUUCAACUUUGAGACUGAAAUGGUGAAUACCUUUCAUGCCCACUGGUAAUGGGGAUGUGAAGGUCCCAUUCCCAGAGGUGAGAACCUGCACAGUUUUCCAGAACUACCCAGGCAGUUCUGCAGUGUGACCAGCACUGAUGCAUCUUUCAGGAGUGCUGAGAAAAUAAAACCACCCCCAGCAUUUCCACAUGGAAUGGGCUCUAGCAUAGAGCUUCAGAGGCUGUGGCAGCACUGAGAGGGCAGGAACAGUAAAGGUCAGGUAGGGCUGAGGCUCUGCUCCUGAAAUCAGGAUAUGCAGAGAUCUCUGGAAACUACCAGUGAAGUGUGCAGCUGCUUGUGUGUGCGGUGUGAUUUUGAAGAAGCCUGAAACCCACUGGGAAUCUCAUUUCACUUGAAUCUCCCUGAUCUUUGUGUUUUUAACCCAUGACAAAUAAUAGCUUCAUUUCAAUUCCACCACUGUGACCACUGUGUACCUCUUACUAUGGGAGCAGCUCAUCCCACACUCUGUGGCCACGGAUUCCAAAGGACACAAAGAAGAGGGAAGACAGUGCACAUCUGAUUACAGGUUAAGAACUGCUGCUUUGUGAUAGAUGAGUUUACAAAAUCCAUAGUAUCUAUGAAAUUAAGCUUAUUAACAAACUUGGAACACUGAAACGCUCACCAGAGCAUUUAUCCAUAUUUUUCCAGAAGUUAAACUGUCAUAGUGGAAAGAAAACUUUUCAAAUCUUCAGAUUUCUUUAAGUUUCCAAAGAAAGUAUCUUUUUUCCUCUCAAAGUUUAACUUUUCUGGUAGUGCUCAAAAAUUUACAAAUCAAUAGCAAAAAGAGUCCAUCAUAAGUGUGUUGGUUACUUUUUCGUCCUUGCUGAGACCAAGUGACUGACACCCGAAAGUAAAGAAAGAAAGAUUUAUUUAGCUCAGUUUGUAGAGGUUUCAGUCUGUAAUCAACUGGCUCCAAGGCAGUGUGACAAGGCAGACAGGCCCUGGAGAGGAGACACAUUUCCUGGUGGUCAGACGGUAGCAAUACAAGCAAGAAACAACCAUAGCUCUUUCUAUCCUUAUAUAUAUCCUUAUAUAUAUCCUUAUCCAGGCUGCUUAGGGCAGGUAGUACUCACACCCUUAAUCCCAGUGCCCUUGAUCUUAGCAUAUGAAUCAAUUCUAGGGUCACACGCUCUAGAUCCAGCCACUCUGAAAAAGCCCUACCCAUGACUGCAUGAGGCUUUGGGGGAUAUCAGGACAGAGUCAUAACAAGAAGUUUCUGGUCCAGUAAAUUAAAGCAUACAUAUGGGAGAGACUCAGAUGAAUGUUAUAUUCAAAUAGAGAGGCUUAAUGAUGGAUGUCAUGAAAAUGUGACUGCAAGAACAAAUAAACUGUCUGAUACUAAAGUACGUGUUUUUUGUUCUCCACACCAUUGCUUCACUUGUUAGCAAGUGACAGUAUACAUUUUGUAGAAGUUUUUUCUUUUUACAGAAAUCUCAGUGCUUGAUCAUAGGCUUUUGCAGAGUCUGGGUAUGGAUGAAAAAAGAGAAUCUCCUUCCAAUGUGGCUGGCUUUCCACCUGCUUACUGAACCACUCAGCCACCUGGCAUGUUCCCCACUUCUCUUUCACUCCUAUGCCUCUUCCUCUUUCUCGUCCCUUCCUAUGUUUCUGUAACUCUCCUCUCCUCCUCCCUUUACGCAUUUUUAAAGGCUUCUGUUAAAAGGUUUGCUGGUGGAGCCAGACAGAGCUGUGAUCAGUCCUGUGUGGGAUUUCUCAGUGGCUAGGUAACAUCAGACACUGUGUCCAUAAAAAGGCAUCAUUCCAGAGGGAACCAGCUGCCUCCAUAACUCUUGAGACUCUCUCAUGCCUUAAGCAAAUCAAUGUUUACUGUUUUUAGGUCUAUACUAAUUUUAAAAUAUGGUGCUUAAAAUCAUGGUUGGUACACCUUUAUUUUACAAGGGAUGUAUUGUCAUCCCUGUUUAUCUAUAAGGAAGCUAUAGGCUUAAAGACAUCAAACAUACAAGGAAACUAUAGGCUUAGAGACCUCUAAGCUAAUAAUAUCUAAUUAGUGGUAAGCAUCCCACUGUAUUCUGGGUUUUCCUAAUUAUAUAAUAUUUUUAUGCCUCUUUUUUGGGAAUUAUAAUUUAUGAAGGUCAUUGGCAAACCAGAAUGUUCCAGUAGAAUGAUCAUAAUAAAGAAAAUAUUGAAAAUCACACCAGCACUAUCACUUUCAUCAACAAUAAACACUUACUGAGUGUGAUAUGUGUGCUAAAUUCUAUAUAUUUCAUAUAGAUUACUCAAAUGUAUGUAAAAUACUUAGUCCAACUUUAUAAAAUAGGAAGCAUUAUCCUUAUUCCAAUUUGAAGGUGUGGAAAAUGUUAAGAAUGGAAAUGUUUGUCAACAGUGGGCCAGCUAAUAAAUGAUGCAGGCAGGAUUCCAGGGCCAAACUUUGUAGGCAAUCAAUUAUACUCUGUAGUCAAAAGCAGUAUCAUAGUCACCUUAAUAGCCUGAGUAAGAAAAGAUGACAGGGCAUAGAGGAAGGCAGAGGUUGAGUACAAAGGAAGAAGAUGAAAAUGUUCAGUUGAUGAGGGAAUAUCAGUAGGACAGGAAAAAAAUUCACUUUUUACAGUGCCUGAGAAUGUAACCAGGAUGACAGCGAGGGUGAUACCCAGAAACAGAUUUCUGUAAUAUGAUACAGAACUUCCAGCAGUUGUUUCUGUCUAACUAGUCACAGACUUCUUCUUAUAAAACAGUGAAUUCUUUUACUUGGAAGUUCCCAGGUGCUAAGGAAAUUUCCUAAAUUGAAGAGAAUAUUGGAUUUUAUAUGACCUCUAAGCUAAGAGAUGACCUCUAAGAUGCUUUGGAUGUUCAAGUCAGCUUCUUUGAUCUAUCAAAGCAGCCUAACCAAUUUAAGUAUAUAAUUUUAUAUGUACCUGCAUUGAAGCAAAAUGAGUAUAAAUGUUUGAACCCAGGGAAGGAACUAAUUUAGUCACUGAGCUGAGCUCCCAAUCCAGUCUCAAGUGCCAUCAGGGUUUCUUGCCAACUGUCUCCUGAAAAAUGUCUUGGAGAAAAAGCUCCCCCAGAGCAGCCUAUGUUCUAAUUAAGUAGAAAACCAUUGUUCUUGAGUUUAACUUUUUUACUUGGAGGACAUAUUUCUGCCUCUGCAGUUGAACGAGAUAAGUAACAAAGGGUGGCAAAGGCAGGUGACAGUUUCAAGGAACAGCAAACAUAAAAGCUGCUCGUGUGAGACCUGGAGAAAUGAGCAGUGGUGACAUGUCUUAGGGCAAUCAAGCACACUGUGUUCAGACACGUCUUUGACUCCUCCUGGCAAAGACGAAUGAUCUCAGGAUAUUGGUGAGGAGAAGCAGCAAGGAUGCUCAGGGUCUUCCAUCGUGCAGAUGAAGUCCUUCUUUACAUACCCAUUAGCUUCAUUAUGUAAGGACUCUCCAGAAGGGUGCGGCAGAAAUAAGAUGUCAGAUCUCAGUGUUUGCUUCUAGAGCUCACUCAAAUAAUUCAUAACGGUGACUACCAUUUCAUAUGUUACAUGUUUAGAUAUGGUAUCUCAAUAAUUUACAUGCAAAGGAUGUUCUGAAUUUAACAGUUUAUGGUUGUUCUUUCAAAUAUCAUGUCACAUAUCUUCUACAUGAUCCUGACAGGGAGAUAUUAUUAAAGCGUAUUUUUAAUUGAACCAUUAAGAGCUAAUUAUAAAGGUGCAUGCUACUGUUCUGAAUGCAACUAUGAUUCAUUUUGUUUCUGUUAGCAAAGUCCUUAUCAUCAAAUUAAGAAGUAUGGGAAAUUUUUUUGUGGUGGAGAAAUGUGAAGUGGCUGAAAUACUUAAAAAUAUUUGUUUAUGAUUGUGAAAAUGGUAGUCUUAUAAUUGCAGUAAACUUGGCAUACAUUGAAAAAGUAUACACAGAAAAAUAAGAAAUAUUCACAAUUCAAUUGCCCAAAGAAACCAUGCUUGCAUUUUUAGUAUAGUUACUUUUAAUAAGUACCAUACAUACAUAGAGAUUAUGUAGUGGACAUUCCUGUGCAUAUACAUUGUUGUCUGCUUUAGUUAUGAAAAUUUUCUAUUCCAUUUAAUAUUCUCAGUAAGCAUUACUUUAGUAAAUCGGUAGAUCAUGUGAGUGUGGCAUAAUACAUGAAGCUUUUGGAUUACUACUCUCUUGAGUAUAGUGUACAUAUUUGGUAGAUUUUGCCGAUGCUGCUCUUUACAAUUCCUGAAGAUGGCUCCCAUCCCAAGGAACACAAUUGCUAUCAGUGAACUUGCCAUGCAUUACCAAGUUGAGAUCUAGAGAUGAGGUAUCAAUUUCAGCUCUAAUGAGCAAUGUCGUUUCAUCUUUACCAUCAGGGAAGAUUGUCAUCAUAGUUCAUUUGUUUUAUAGAUAAAAACAGUCUUACUACGGUUUUAAUUUUCACUCAGUUGAAAACCAUUGAUGACACCAUGACUUUGUCUUGUCAGCACAACUCUUUGAGAGAUACGAGUAAACAAAGUGUCUGUCAAGGGCAGUCUAUACUUGAUCUUUCUUUCUGCGCAGAGGUGAGACACACAGAGGAAACUGCCAACCAGGCUGGCUCUGAGGGAUCAGGGCUGGCACUGAACAGAAGAGCAGGGAGCACAGCAGCGAUGAAAAUGCAUCUGUUGUUUGUCAGCUUGCUUCUCUCUGUCCACUGGGAGUGUUUUCCAUUGAGUGAACUGCGGCCAAAUGCCUGCUGGGGCUCACAUUCCUGUGAUAAGCACUAUUUCUAGCAUUUGCUUCACAGUAUGGAGUCUCUGUUCCUAAAGACUUCUCUGCAGAGCGCAAACCAAGGAUGGGCUCCAGGGAGAGACGUGAACAUCUGGUGGCUAGAAAAUGUGUCAACAAUAAAUAGUUCCUUGGAGGUAGUGACCUUGUUCAUGCUCCGCUCUUCUUAGUAGAAACAUAACCAGUUGGCAUCAUUGUUUGUUUGUCUGGAUAAUGAUUUCCAUUCUCAAUCUUUGGUUUUCAAAUUGCUAAUUUGAAAAUGUUACUGUGGAAAACUUGAAAUAGGUAGCAGAGUGGAGAACUAUCCAUUAUCCAGCUACACGCCAUUACAUAAAAUCUAUUGUAGGGUGCUUAGAACUGACUCGGCUCUCCACAAGCCCCCAGGACUAUUUCAUUUUGAAGAAAAUCUCAGAUGUAAUAUCAUUUAAUCCAUACGUAUUUUCAUAUGUAGCUCUAAAAGAUGUAACUUUUUAAAGAUGAUGUAACCAAAAUGACACUACUAUCUUGCCCCAGAAAAUACUAAAUAGCCAAUGAGGUUCAAAUUUUCCUGAUGGUUUCACUGUUUUUAUUUUUAUAGUUUGUUUUCAUUUGUCUCUUGGGUUGAGGUCCACAGUCCACAUGGGACCUAUACAUUACAGAACUGCAUUUGUCUAAUGUGUAUAUUUUUGAAGCUAUAAUCCUUACUUCUCCUUUAAUCCGCAGGCAACUCUAGAUCUUAUUGGUGGGAAAUGUAUUCAAAUAGGUGCCCAUGGUCUGGAUUCUGAUUGUUAUUAUGAUGGUUACUUCUAGAUACAACUAGGAAGUUAGGAAUAGGACAGUGUUUCUGUUCUGCUUUCACAAUUCUAACAACUAUUUAUUUAUUUACAUAACCAUUUGUCCCUCUGCAUGUUUGCUCAGUAUGAUUGCUGUAAUUACUGAUGUUCUAGGGGUGAAAAUAGGGAUAAGCCACCAAGUGAUCUGGCUCUCAAAAAUCUUCCUUUACACUUUGUCACACCAAGGAAUUGAACAAACAAAAGAUAAAUCAAGGGAAGAGACAUGUUAUUUGGAGUAAAAUCAUGGAGUAACAGAGAUAAAAAUGACAACUACCAGCAUCCGAAUUGACCUGUUCCUUUGCAGAUAGUUGUGCUAUUGUUAGCAGAGGAAAAUUAGCUCAAGGUGACCUAAAUCAGUGGUCCUCAGGUAGAACAUGACCAGGACUCUGCUACAGAAUGUGUUCAAACCUGAUUGCUGAACCUCUGCAAGAGGUUCUGACUCAGAGGUGGGAUGACACUGCUGUAUCAGUGCACUGGCUGAGGGGCACUGAUCUGUGACGGCUAAUUGCAUAAUUGCUUCUUGGCUAUACUCUUGGUGAAGUACAGAUGAACUCACUUGGAGCUACCUGGGAGCAAAUGUUGGAGCAAUCGAGUCAUGGAUAAAUUGUGGAUUGAUCUGGUAUGAAGUAUGGAGAAGACUUGGUGGCCUUUCUUAAUCUACUUCAAUUUUACUUUUUAAUGAUAGAAUCAAACCUUUGGGAUAGUUCCUAUUGAAAAUCAAAUCCUUAAAACAGUGUCUAUCUCUCCUGGUAAAUUGAAGAUGUUGGUCUCAAUUUCAGCCUGUUUCAAACACCAGGAAGCUUCCUGUGAGUCUUAUAGAAGCUGGAGGCAAUUUUUGUCUGGAAUCCUGUGGCUUCUGUCUCUAAACCUCUUUUGGCCCACGUUACUUCUUAUGGGAUUUGUUUAGACAUUUUUGAACAGAAAGUGAGCUGCAAACUAAGUAUUGCAGAGAUGCAAAUUUUAAUUCCAGACAAAAGACUACACUGAUUUACUUGACUCACAGCCCCCACAUUUGAUUAAACACAGCCACAAGUGCUGAAGGUUUAAAGAACUCAUAGUCCUGUGUGUGAAAAAUGGAUGACAGAUUUCCCAAGAGUCAAGAUAGAUACCAUCACUCAGUAGCAAUGCAAGAAUCUCAGGUUAAGAGCCAUUUUUAGGAAUGUAAAAUGUCUAAAUGCUUUGUGACCCUCCCCACAGAUCUAUUUCCUCUUCUCUUGUCUACUAUUUGACUGGUAAUAAGGGCAGGUUCCAAGAAGAAAGAAUCUGCCCUAGAGAAAAGUUCCAGGGCAAAGGAUAGGUGGGUGAUCACAGGGGACUGAGACUCGUUUGUCUUCCUGAGGAGCCAUUAGAAUGCUCCCUUGAUCGUCUUGUAAACAAUGACUUAUUCACCUCCAUAUUACUUAAUAAGUGUUAUCUACUAAGAACGCAAGAAAUAAGGUUGGUUAAGGAACUCAGGGGUGUAUGCAUGGAAAGUGGGUAAGAAAGGUCUUACAGUGUAUGAAAGAAACUAAGGAAAGAAGAGAGAGAUGAUUAUCACUGCCUACCUUAAUAUUGCUUUUGAUUGGACACAGAAUUUUACUACUCACACCAUCUGUCUUUGUUUCUCUAGGUAAUUCAUCAGUGUAUCAUGUCAUGAAUCAAAGACCUGUUUUUUUGGCAAAGUAAAUCUGUUAUCGGCAAGACAGCACAGAGUGGUUGUCCUUCUGGUGAUAAUGUCUGAACAGAUGGAGACAUUAAUUUAAAAAACAAGUCACCUCCUAAGAACAUUGUGUUUAGGUAGCUAUUACCAGCAAAGUGCUAUGUGAUAAGUCAUCCCAAAAUUCAAUAGCAUAAAAGAUCAAUUAUUUAUCUUCAUAUACGUACGCUGUGCUUUGGCUGCAGGUGGCUCUUAGAUUUCCUUCUAUGUGUGGAGUUUGCUGACCAAGGCUGGGCUCUCCCUGAUGGAUUAGCACCCUCUCCCUUGUGUCUCUCUUCUUCUUCCAGGGACCAGAGGCUGACCCAGCAUGCUCUGUCAUAGUAACGAUGGAGAAGUAAGCGAAUGCACAUUAAGGCCUAAGUUUGGAGCAAGUACACUGUCACUUCUACCUUUUUCUAUUGGCCAAAUGCAAAGCCAAGGGGUCAGAAAUACAUUUGCUCCUGCGGUGGGAGGAGCUACAAAGUCACCUAUGAUAAUGUUGUAGGCUUGUGUACAUAGGGAUGGUAAAGAAUUGGGCCAAUAAUGCCCUUAACACACUGUAUGCAGGUUUUAUUAGUUUAGUUCCACAUUGUUACAUAUAAGACAGUUCAGAUAGAAUGCCAUUGAAUUUGGAUGCUAAUUUGCAAUGUUUUCUUAUGGGCAAAUUAUAUUUUUAAAAAAUACAUUUAGCCCCCAUGACGAUGUAUGUUUGAUCUUGUUCAAAGUUUCUUCUUUUGUGAUCUAGACUCCUCUAAUUACUUUUCUGUAUUUCCUGUGGUUCCUGUGGUAUGCUUGUCUGCCUUGAGCCUUGUUAGCCAACCACAAAUUCUUAGCCUUUAUAUCUGCAAUUGGUCCCGUGCAUGAAAUAUGCACUGUGUUCAGAGUUGCUACUAAAGAGCAUCCAAUUCAUGCUUCUAAAAUGCUCAUCGGUUUUAUACUCAAGUAAGUGAAAUAUUAUUCUCUCCUUGGAUAUUUUGUGUAAUUUCAGCCAGUGCGUAUUCAGAACCUCCAAUAGAAGCUUCUAAACUGGAUCCCUUACAUUUCUUUUCUGUCUCGAAUGUUCAUGAUAGUUCUGCCUCAGUAUCUUCCCAAAAGAACUAAGAGCAUCAUACCAUUGUGAUGUUUACACAUCUAUGCUUAUUGCAGUGUUGAUAUUGUAAUCUUCUUUAUAUAAACUGUAUGCAGAGAGAUUGCAUGAAUUGUUGAAGACCAAAUUGGUAAUAUCAGCAGGAUUCAAACAUGUAAUUUAGCUACAAAAUCAAUGGCUUUUCUACUAUUUUCUACAUGUCUUUUGUUUUUUCACUUCCACCACCUAAAAAUACACUUUGGCUUUUGGAUUUUCCUUGAGAUGGAGUGCAGGGUAGCUUUGAUGCUAGACAUGUUGAUGAUAUGUGUUAGUGGAAUCCUUUCUUAGUCCCUGAAAGAGCUUAUAGUUUGGCAAGGCAUGUCUAAUUAUCUUCUAGGUAGUGGAUGUGAGGAUUUACACAACUAUUAAAUGGCCAAGCUGGAAGAAAAGCUCAGUAUAUUUUUCAACUGCAUCACUUAAAUUACUGCAUUUAAUCACAGUAUUCAAAAUGUAUUAUAGUCAACAAUUUUGCUAAUGGAACCAUUUAGUUAAUGCAGACACCAAAAAAUGCAUUUUUCUAUAAAGUUCUAGGAGAAUUUGGAAACGAUGAAACAGUGGGUGUUCAUCACAUUUUAAUAGCCUAAAGAUAAAUUAGUACAGGAGAGCGGCUGUGGAGUCAAGCAGUCAACGAGGUUCUGGAGUGUGAGGCUUGUCAUAGAAAAUUUUAGAAACUUGGGCUGUUGGUAACUGGUUGCUGGUUACAUAAUUUCUUGAAUAAAUUAAGUAAAAGAAUAAUUUUAAAAGCAGUAAAACUAUGAAAAUCUAAGGAACUUUGGAGAAAGAAAAUUGGAGCUUUUUUCUUUACCCUGUCUUCAUUUUCCACUUUGUACUAUAAACGUAAUGGUACAAAAGACCAACAGCUUCUUUUUCCUUGUGCUAUUUUGAUCUACCACUGUGUAGCAAGGAAUAUUACACCAUGCUUUCUUUACUCGGAUAUGUAGAAACAGGAUGUAAGCUGCUCGGUUCUUUGCAAUCCCUUCCCUUUAAUUUGUGUCUCAAACAAUAAGAGUUUCAGAGAACUAAUGAAUGGUGUGUGUGUGUGUGUGUGUGUGUGUGUGUGUGUGUGUGUGUAGUUCAGAAUACUGAACCAGGGCAUUUGAACUGAAGCCCAUUUUUAUUUUAUAUUGUAAGAAAGCAUCUUGCUAAGCUGUUCAGGUUGGGCUCAAAUUUAGAAUUCUCUUGCCUCAGCCACCCAGAGUACUAGGAUUACAAGCAGGUUCCAGCCUAUCUAGAUUGGAUUAGCUUUAUCCUCAUGAAAGAUGUAAAAUGUUUCUCCUGAAUUCUUCUAGACCGAUUAUUACAAAGACUAUUGGUUAUUGAUUUAUUUCACUGAAAAAAAUUUAAGGACAAAAGUCUCUAAAUGCGGAAGAAGAGUAAUGAAAAAUUGAUAUUUACAGAGUGGCUGAUCACCUGUGUUGGGUGCCUUACUUAAUUUAUUUCAUUACUAGCCCCAUAUUAUAAGUGAGGUAAACAUAACAUUCUGAUCCAUGCAAACAGGACAGAAUUCUAACUUUCUUUUUGUUUGUUAUGAGAUUUUGAUGGGUUCAAAACUUUUAGGAAACUUUUUUGCUUUCAUAUUAAAGCACAGUUCUUAGAUAUAUAAACAUGUUAGGGGAAUAAAUAUUAGCAUCAUAAGAUGAAUAUUAAUUUAGUGUGUUGACUUCCUGUAUGCAAAUUUACAUAUCCCACUGUUUAAUUCAAGAGAAUUUGCCUCUGCCCAGAUUUCCAGAAACAGUCCUGAAAUUCAUUCUGACUGGGCCAUCUCGAGUCCAUCAUGAGUCAAUCCUGCUCGGGAGUGAGACAGCAGUGGGGUGUGUUGCUCAGUUUAGCUCAGUCCAUGUUCAGAAUCCACUUGUGGAGUGAAGGGAAAGAGUCAGCUUCUCCAGAAUGAUGUGGAUGUUGUGGAAAUGAACUUGGAGGAAGACAGAAAAACAGAGUCUGGAAGCACAGGUAAACAUAACCAAUCACACGACAUCAUUCAUUCUUCCCAUGAACCAAACAACUGUCUUGCUAAAAACAGUGGGAGAAGUGCUAAAAGGUAGACAUAGUUCCUGCCCUGAGCGUCUUUAUUAUUGGGGUAGGGGAGCAAACUUUGUAGCUUGAAAUUUUGAAAUGAUGUGAUACAAUAGUUAUUUGACUCUGAGGGUAGGUAGGGAGUCGCUUAUGGGGAAAAAUGGGACAUCUUAGGAGGAGGAGAAAUAACAUAGAUUGUGAAAAACUAGUUUAGAUUUUUGGGGCCAUGUGUGGUUAGUUGCUGAAAGAAGAUGGGAUACUGGGAAAAAGAAAAAUAAACUUUAUUAAGGGACAGAAUGGACAAAGAAAUUAGAAAAAUAAGUAAUGCCCAGGGCAUUAUAGAAAAUUCUGGGUUCCAAAGCCCUAACAUUACCAAGCUUUAUUUGGGAUCAGUUCUUAACAAACAAACAAACAAAAAUAGGGUCAAAAACUUAGGAGUAUGUUGAGAAAAGUCUCACUUCUUGUUGACUGAAAGUCAUGACUUCCUUAUUUUGGAGGGAGUUAGCCCUGUUUGUUAAAGAAAUUAGUGCAGAAAACACUGCAAAGUGUUUGUUUUUAGUAUGUAUGGUUUCCCUUUAAGAAUUUCUAUUUCUGAGGCAAGUUUCAACUAAGUUAUUUGUAUAUUUUUUUCUACUAGAGACCAUAAAGUAGUUUAGCUUUUAGUCAAAUUUUCAACUUAAAUUUUUUUUUGUUUUUAAAUAUUAAGGGAAGUAUUUUCGUAUAUACACUGGAAGUAAAGUGCCUGAUGUGUAACCAGGGUAGUAAGAGGAUUGAGCAUGGCCUAGCUUUAUACAAGAUCCCUCGAAAGAUAUGUGAGAGGUUUCCCAGUUAGGGAGCCUUAAUUUUCCAUGCUGAAUGUGAGCCACAAGAAAUAAUUCCAUAUCCAAACCACAGGUAUGAUUCAAGACAGAUGGGCCUUGCUAAUUAUGUGUGUCUCCAGCUAAGGUUCAAAUUUACUUGAUUUUCCUAAAUGUACAGAAGACAUCAUCAGAUAAUAUGGGCCAGAAAAUACGAGUGAGGCCUUGUAAGAAGAAUAAAAAACUGUUUUCAAAUCUUAGACAGGGAAAGUUAUGCUUCCUUUCAAAAUAUGUGGGCUAAAACUGAACCAAAAAAAAGGAAUUAUAAAUAUUGCCAAAACUUCCGUUUUUACUGAAACUUCCCAUUUCCCUAAAGAGUAAGUGUAUUGAGGACAAUUUCAAAAGACUAACACUAGAUAAUGAAAGUCUACACGAAGAUUGGGUACUUGCUGAUAGAUGCAUGUCAGACUGAAACAGAGAAGACUAUGAAAACUGGCGAAUCAUCUUGGAUACACAGGGCUCAUUCUUUAGGUUGAAGUUAUCUUCAAGAAAAUAAUUAUGCCUUCUGAUAGAGGAUGAAUACCUAGAAUAUACGAGUAACUCAAAGCAAUAAUGCUCCCCAAACAAAUUUGUUUUCAACGAAUUGGAAAACUUAUCGAAUUAGGUACUUCUCAAAAGUGGUAUAAAUGGCCGUAAAUAAUGGAAAAAUGUUCAACAUAUUUAUUCACUAAGGAUAUGCAAACCAAACUACAUUUAAAUUUUGUCUCUCUCUGAUCAAAAUUGCUAACAUCAAGCGUACGAAACACAGUUAAUGCCAGCAAAGACACAGGAGGAAAAGGAACCCUCCCUCCUAUACCAUCCAUGAGAGCGUAAACUACUAGAACAACCACUUUUGAAAUCCAUACGAAGAUUCCUCAAAAAAUUAAAAAGAGAAAUAGAAUAUGACUCAGAUAUAGCAUUCAGUGUUAUCUUCCUAAAGAAUGCAGCAGACCCAUGUUUAUGGCAGUGCAAUUUACAAUAGCUGAGCUGUGAAGCAGCCUCGAUGCCUAUCAACAGAUGAAUGCAUUAAACAAAUGUAGUAUACAUAUACAAUGGAAUAUUAUUUCAGCAUAAAGAAGAAGGAAAUCAUGCGAUUUGCAGAAAGUGAAUGAAACUGAAAUGCAUUGUGUUAUUUGCAAUGUCAGCUUCUGGAAGUUAAAUAUUGCGUAUUUUCCCACAAAUGAUCAAUGAAUCAACAAAAGUGGAGGAAUGCUUUUUACAAUAGUGCAACAGAAAAGCAGAAACCAAAUUAAACACAGACACGAUAGCUGUGAAAGAUCUAUCAACGAAAGGCAGAAAGGAGAUGAAGCCAGUUGUACUAGGCCAAUAGCCAAGGGACAUGGUGAACAGAACUGAUGAUGACAUAUUCAUUCAUAACUCCGAUGUGAACUCAUGAUAAUUUCCAUUUCAAGGAACUUCAUUUCUAUAGGAAAAUUGAAAGGAUUCGCUAAAUUACCCUGCUGGCCUCAAAUCUGGCAUCUUCCUGUUUUAUCCUCUCGAGUGCUGGGAUUACAGCAUGGGCCACCAUACUUGGUUAUAAUCUUCGUGCUCAGAGUACACAGAACCUAUAUCAUGUGAAAGUGUAAAUUACAAAGAGGCCUGUCAGUACCUUGAGGGGGCUCUGAACAAGUUGUGGAAGCUGGUCCUCCAGGAGAUGUCUGCAGGAUGACUGGCAACAAUGUCUCCUGGAAUUCCUCCUGCAGCCCCAUCCUGACGCCCCAUCUAACCAGGCUCUACUUUGUCGUGCUCAUUGGAGGACUGUUGGGGGUCAUCUCCAUUCUGUUCUUGCUCGUGAAGAUGAACACCCGCUCUGUGACCACCACGGCUGUCAUUAACCUGGUGGUGAUCCAUGGGGUGUUCCUGCUGACUGUGCCUUUCCGCUUGUCCUACCUCAUCGAGGAGACGUGGAAGUUUGGCCUGAUUUUCUGCAGACUCGUGAGUGCCAUGCUGCACAUCCACAUGUACCUCACUUUCCUCUUCUAUGUGGUCAUCCUGGUCAUCCGGUACCUCAUCUUCUUUAAGCGCAAGGACAAAGUGGAAUUCUACAGGAAACUGCACGCGGUUGCAGCCAGUGCUGGCAUGUGGCUUUUGGUGAUUGUCAUCGUGGUGCCUGUCAUCUUUUCCUAUUAUGGAAAUAAGGAGGACUACAAUGACCAGCACUGUUUUGAAUUCCAUAAAGAACUUAUCUACCCAUCCGUGCAAGUCAUCAACUACAUGAUAGUCAUUCUCGUCAUAGCCACUGCAGUGACACUCUUGGCCCUUCAGAUCUUCAUCAUUAUGUCCAUGAUACAGAAGCUCCACCACUCCUUCCUCUCCCACCAGGAGUUCUGGGCUCAGCUGAAGAACUUAUUUUUCAUCGGCAUCAUCCUUAUUUGCUUUCUCCCCUACCAGUUCUUCAGGAUCUAUUAUUUACAUGUGGUGGCGCAAUCCAAGGACUGUAAUAACGACUUUGUAUUUUACAAUGAAAUCUUAUUGAGCAUAACAGCAAUCAGCUGCUGUGAUUUGCUGCUCUUUGUUUUGGGCGGAAGCCACUGGUUUAAGCAGAAGAUAAUCGACCUGUGGAAUUGUUUGUUGUGCCAUUAGCUGUGGACUGCAAUAUUGAGUUCUUUACAUUGAGAUGGAAAAUGGGGAGGAAGAUAAGAAUGAUAUUUCAUCACUUGAUCAAGGUCAUGAUUUCAUCCAGUUGAACAGAAAAACAAGACUAUCAGAGCAGUCCUCCCAAUGUUAAUUUGAUCUUUGUGGAUGGACUCUGAAAGAUGCCAUUCAUAAAGAAGUCACACUCUUUCCCAGUAUGUGAUGCUUGGCACAUCAAGUAAUAUCAGUCUAAUAGGUGCUACAGGGUUUUUUUAGCUCUCUAAUUUUUGUGUUUUGAACUAUUGUCUUUUCUUAGGCUUGCCAUUGGACUCAAUAAUCUAGUUCUCUUACUCAGUUUUGCUCUACUCAGGUUCGUCCUGGUCCAAGUUAUCUAUCUAGAUGCAAAGAUACACUCUAGUUUACACACCAGACAAGAAACCCUGUUUCAUUCACAUCCUGGCCAAAAAACAAACAAACAAACAAAAAACACAGAUCAGGGGAGAGAAGAGUAAGACAGUUUUGAGACUAUUAUCACUUUGGAGAGAGCUCACAUAUCUAAAAAUUAGAGAAAUAGAAUCCAAAGAUUUGUACAAUAAUAACAUUUUCUUGAUAUAUCUUUUGAAACAUCAAGAUUAAGGAUUAAAAAUCAGUUGUUCAACAGCAUCAAUUAUACUGUUCCUCCAAAAAUCACUCACAGGUUUACUAAGCAUGGCCAAUAGUGCUGAGACUGAAACUUUGAAAAUAGUUUUGAUCAAUGACCUUCUGGGCAUCAAAAUGAAUCCCCAAGGAAGGUGACUAAUUUUUUUCCUUUUUUUUAAUAUACUGGACUAAAUUUAACUUAGAUUUUCUUUGAGGAUGGAAAGUUUGUAUUGACAGUUUUAGAGCUCUGUUCCAGUCUUAAAGAUAUGCAUUUUAAAAAAUGAAUGACAAUUACGUUUGUAACAAAAGAACUUAUGAGAAAUAUGCAAAAUAAGCAUUAAUUUAGACUCUGAGAUGAGGCUGCAUCAGGAAGAUUUUCUCAAUAUUUAAGAAAUGGAUAAAUCAAUAUACUCAAAAGUAGUGAAAUUGUAAUCCUGUGAAUUAUUAAAUAAUUUGGGGUUUUUUAAUUUGGGGCAACAUUUUUCAAUUUUAUUAGUAACAUAACAUGUACCAUAUUAAGCUGAUUUUAUUUCAAGAAUGUCUAUUAAUGACUAGAUUGAUACUUGUGUGGUUUUUGUCUCUUGUUUUUUUCUCUCCCGCCCAUUUCUCUCUUGCCUUAGAAUUUUGAUAAUCCUAGAACUUUCCAAAGAACUGAUCCUGUUUCAUAUUUGAUGCACCAGAAAACCAAAAUAAAUGAGCAAUAUAUAUAAAGGAACCAAAUAAAUUAAAAGAACUUUUUUUCCAAGAAAAGCAUGUCUGAGAUUUAAAGGUCUUUCUUAAUUUGUUAUCACUCUGUGAACCCAUAAAUCCUUCAGAGAGAAAUCUGAACCCUUCUGAGUUUCUCUGAUCACUACAGUUGCCAAUUCUGAAGAAGUAGCAAAAAACUGCCUGUAUGAUAUUACCUAAUUUUUUCCUGCUUCAAAUUUUCUUUUCUCUUUUAAAUUAUAUUUAUUUUAUUUCUCACCUGUCUUUCCUUCAUAUUUAUUUUCUUAGUUUUCUUUUCUCACUUUAACCCAUGAGUUUAUAAAGCAAGUACAAAGACCCACCCACAGUUUAAUUACAUGUGUAACACCUAUAAAAUGUGCGAGAAAAUAAAGACAUAUGGUGAAACAUUAAAGGAGAUUAUUUGUGAGA